AUGUUACGCAUGGUCAACUGGUUUGACGUGAAAAGUAUCCGCACCGAAUAUCCCAAGAUACCUAUUGCAGCGAGAGCAGGACUCUCUGCUAGCAAGCGAGAUGAUACCCGAUCUACGCAAACAAAAAUGAUGCUUACAUCGCCUAGUCUCCGCACGCGCACGCACGUCAAUAUGUCAGCACCACCACUCGCUACUAAAGCGCAAAACAGACAUAUAUACCAACCUAGCAUUCCUAGUAAAGGCAACAUGUUAGGAAAGACGUCCGAGAUGAUAAACAAGCGCAGUAAACAAACUACUCACGUCAAGUUCGAUCAGUUUGUAGAUGUGUAUGUCAACAUGAAGGAAUCGGGCGGCUGCUUCUGCUACUACUUCAAACACCAGUAUGAGAUGUGGCGCAGAGAGGAGCCGAAGCAGCUGAUCGAGAGAAUUAUGAGAUCGCUAAGUUCAGCUGAUGCAGAUGAGCUGGCGUGCAGAAUCAAGCCGGACGAUUACUCCAAAUUUCACCUCAGACUAUGA